ACUGCUUCCAAGCACUCUGGCACUACUACUAUCUUGAUCUAUCUAUCUCGAGCUCCAACCUCCUGUCUUUUCUGUCUCUGUUCAUCCUUCGCUCUAACCUGACCUUUCGGCCCCAUCUCAAAGCCCGCCUAUACCACCGUCUCAUUCAUUCAAUCGCUCGCUACAGAUUUUCAGUAUUGGGGCCUGGACGUGCUCUCAUAUCGCGCCGAUUCCCAUAGUUGCACUCGAUCUGCUUCACUGAGGUAACACCACCGACGACGACGACCAGACGCGUGGAUGUGGACCUGGCUUUUGCCCCUCCUUCCAUCCCAACCAGCGUACUGAUGCACGCUUCCUCAACCAAUGCCUCGUGUCUCCUCGGUCUGAACUCGUCUUCGAUUCGAUCACUCUAUUAGCCAGCCUGGAACUGGCGACGGCUUCAUCAUUUCCUUCCAAUGGCUGCACCAGAAGCGUCCUUCAAUAUGUCGAUAUCACCCCGAUCAUCCCUCGAAUCCUCUUCGCCUUCACUUCUUCUAAGCCUUCCGCCCGAGGUCAGGAACCUCAUAUACAAAUUUGCUUUCACACAGGCAGAACCAAUGAAACUGCGCUCACCAUCCCAGAAACGUUUGAGGCCUUCGCGUCCAGCCAAAGAUGAUGCCAGAGGCUUUCUCGACACGUGUCGGUUCGUUCGUUCUGAAGCCAUUUCCCUCUAUUACAGUCUCAAUCCACUCGUCUUUCGCCGGGCAGACGAUGUCCUGUCGUUCAUUGCAGAUACUCAGAUUCACCCCCACAUAAAGUCAUCAAUACAACAUCUUGCGAUCGAUUUCCGGGAUGUUCGAGAUGCCGACACCGUUUUAAAAGAUCAUAUCAGUUUCGUUGAUGGUUGCUUGGGACACUUACCGCGUCUAAAGGCGAUCGAGACUCGAUUUUAUGCUCGUCAGAAGGACGCCUGCUCUCUGGCCCACUUUAGGACCGUGGCAAUGGCGUUCGACUCUCUAGAUGUUGAGAUGAAUGCUCCACCAUCACCACCUUCUCCUCGAUCUCCUCGAAGCUCCAUUUGCUCAGCCGAUGACUUGUCCGACUCAUCAAUUCCUCCUUCACCAAUCUUCGAAACCACUCCUUGGAAGCCUUCGCCGCAGCCAGAUUUCUCAGCUUUACAGGCAGAAACCCUCGAGUUGCAUUGUUUCGACCCCAGUGCUGCAAGUGCUUUUGCCAAUGCCAAACUCAAGUUCUCAGUCGCUCUGUCUGUCGCUGCAUAUCCUGGAGCUAAGCACGACAAGUUAAGAUGUUACAAUUUGAAAAUGAGUUCGGAAGGUGUUCCCAACGCGCUCGGUGGCGCCAAAGACGCCGUUAACCAGAGGCUCAAGUCUGUGGGAGCACUUCCCCGCGCAUUCAGCGAGCUCUAUGACACAGCUGCCGAUGGUGGCUUUCAUCAGAAAGUGCGUGCAACCAUUGCGACUUGCGGCAGAAUUGAUGUUGGUGUGUCGUGAGGUCGCAAGCCUGGAUCGUUCAGGCGCGCUGCCUCGGCGGAUCUGGCUCGUGUUCGACACUUUUUGGAGAUCCUCGGCCCGCCAAUGAGUUUGCAUCAGCACAAUCUUACUAGACCGGACAAGGCUCAGCACGGCAAUGUUUCAAUAUCCUUCCGGAUCAAAGUCAGCACCGCACUCUCUGUCAUGGCAUUUGGCAGAAAUGGUCUGACAGUACAUACCAAGCUUCGGACCUUGUCCGCCUUUUUAUCCACACGGUUAUAAGAUGCCCCUCUGUGCAACGUGGCGUCAGGCAUUCCACGUUGAACAAUGUGGGCUUCGCCAGGCAUUCGAGGUGGUACCAGGCCACCUGGUCCGUGUCCGUUUUCAUCAUUCUUGGGGAGGACGGCCAUUGCCUUUCUGUUACAUUCAAAGGGAUACCCUAUUCGCUAUUGAUACUACUACUGCUACUAUACUACUAGUCUUACUGUUAUCACCAUUUUUUAAUGAUGAGAUGACGAAGUCAACGAGAAUAUGAAUAUUAUGAACAUCAAAAGUCG